UAAUUGCAUGCAACUUAGAGGAUAGAAGCCAUUAUGUUAUGAGAAGAAGAAAAAAGAGAGCAUUCCGUUGCCGUCCGUCGAGUAUUGUUCUUCGAAUGUUAUAAAUAUAGCUACGCGUCCCCUUUUCUUUGCCGUUGUUUUUCUUUUUUCGGCGCCCCUUUUCGUGGUUAUCCUCCCUUCUUCCCUCUCUCCAAGCUAUCUAUACUCGGUAUAUAUCGGUCCGUAAAUCUAGUAGCAAUAUUAUCAUUACUCUUGUUUCUGUCUUUUGCCAUUCGAUCCUAAAACAUGACUGCCUCCAACAGCGCCGAGGUCAAUGGUCACACGACCACGAGACGACCACUACCAUGUGGUAUCUAUGCUCCCACUAUGACCUUUUUCGAUCCCGAGACCGAAGAGCUCGACAUCCCUACUAUCAAAAAGCAUGCCGAGCGUUUGGUUAGAGAUGGACUAGCUGGCUUGGUCACUAUGGGUUCCAACGGGGAAGCUAUUCACUGCACACGCGAUGAAAAGGUAGCCGUGACACGUGCCACCAGAGAGGCUCUGGAUGCCGCGGGUUUCACUACAACGCCAAUAAUCGUCGGAGCUACGGAGGGUAGCGUAAAGGGGACUAUCGAACUCUGCAAGGAAUCUGCAGCAGCUGGCGGAGAUUACGUAUUGAUACUACCCCCAAGCUACUUUCGUGCGCAAAUGGACGAGGAGGCUAUAGUCGGUUAUUUUACCGCUGUAGCAGACGGAAGUCCAUUACCAAUUGUCUUAUACAACUACCCCGGCGCAGUUGCCGGUAUCGACAUGGACUCGGAUCUCCUCAUCAAGCUUGCCGAACAUCCCAAUAUCAUUGGAACAAAGUUCACAUGCGGCAGCACCGGCAAACUUACUCGUGUAGCACUGGCCACCAACGCAAAGACCCCUACCUCAGAAGGUAGUGGAUAUAUGGCGUUCGGUGGCAUAUGCGACUUCACAGUCCAGACAUUGGUAUCAGGAGGAAGCGGAAUCAUUGCAGGCGGCGCAAAUGUCAUGCCCAAGCUUUGCGUCAAGGUAUGGAAUCUAUAUGCCGAGGGAAAAAUAGACGAGGCCAUUGCGUUGCAGAAAGUACUCUCACGGGGUGACUGGUUCUUGACCAAGGCGGCGAUCGCAGGCACAAAGCAAGCGAUUCAGUCCUAUUUCGGUUACGGCGGCUACCCCCGGCGUCCGCUCAAGCGUCUCGAAAAGGCCAAAAUCGAGUCCAUAGCGGAGGGAAUAAGGGAAGCGAUGGAAGUCGAAAAGUCACUGUAAUGGCAGGAGACGGGUUACCGGGAUCUUGGUCUGAAACCCGCAGGAACUGGCUUUAAGCCGUCAAUAUUAGCCGCGUGGCCGUUGAUCCCCUAUUCUUGGAAAGUGCGGGGUUUGAAUCCCGGCAUGACGGAUGAGGCUCUUGGAGGGUGGAAAACCCUUGAAUUCCCAAUUCUCUCUCGGCCGACUAGGCCGC